AUGGCUGUGUUCUCCUUGGGGAGCAGCACCAGUAAAAGGGACAUUGGGCGCAUGGACAAACAGAACCAUAAAGCUGGUCACGUGAUCGUCUGGGCCAUGUGGGGCUGGCUGUGGGGGCCCGAGCAGCCAUACAGUCCCCCCCGCAGGCUGCCGUCAGAGGUGGUGUGUGACACUCUGAUGCUGGAGCUGUCGUGGCAGUGCAGAGAGGUCCAACGCUUGCAGAGAGAAAGAGAGAGCCAGGACCAGCGCCUCCGCUCAGGAGUGGACUACAGCUGGCUCCAGAGUGCCCCCCGCAAUUCACACAGCCUCAGCACAGGGGAGAGGCUGGGGCUGGAGGAUCUGUGCUCACAAGUGCCCUCUUCACACUGUGGUCUGGUCAUUCUCAGGUUCCGUGAAGCGGUCCAGGCGCAGGAGCCAGAGGUGCCUGAGGUCCCGGGCCUGUUCCGCUCGGUGCUGCUGCAGACUCUGGAGCAGCUCAGGGAGGAGGAGGACACCCUCAGACUGGCACAGCAGUGGAGCACCCACAAACGCAGCACCCACAAACGUGCAGUCUCCCUGGUCACUUUCAGGUCCCGCCUCCGCAUCAACCCCUUCGGCAGCACCCUGGGGCUCACUUCUGCGGCAGCAGUGGGCGAUCAGCAGGGGGCGGGGCUGAGCAACCUCCACACUGUGUCCCAAGAUGUAGAGAGAGGGGUGGACAGGAGCCAGAGGGUGUGGAGCAUGCCUGACUUUAGGCACCAGAGCACCAGCAGCAAAGUGCUCUGACAGGACACUUUCAGUGCUUGGCAGGGGCGGGACAGGAGCAGGUCUAGGACAGGGGUGGCAACAAGACAGGAGUGAGACAAGGGCAAGAUAAGAGUGAGACAGGAGCAAGACAGGAGUGAGUAAGGAGUUGGACAGGAGUAAGCUGGAAUACGGAUAAUAAUCAAACAUGUCUCAACCAAUAGAAUUUCACGAUCAGAUUUUUUUUUCCUGAACAUUUAAAUUAAAAAUAAAAAUAAUAGCCUUGUCGGAUUAAACUCAGCUUUUCCAUGUCCCUUCAGGUGUGACAUACAGAGUAGCCCCCUGCUGUACACUCCCUGUACUGCAAUACAUGGAGACAACAUCAAAGCUCCGACCCACUGUGGACCAAAUACUCACAUACUCAUCCAAUGGUGAGAUAACUGUACCAGGGCUGCAGUACGAAGGUGUAGUACAAUUACUCCAGCACAAUAGCUUUUAAUACCAUUGUACUUCUCAGAGUAGAAAUCAUAUUACUUU